AUGACUGUUCAAGCAGUUACAACUGACGUCCAUCAUUUGUCAGCUACAGCAGUGACGUCCUCAUCUUCACUGCCGUCGUCAAAACUGGCAUCUGCGGUUCCGCCCAAGGACCUGUACAACAUGUACCAGUCCAUGUACAACUCACCACAACGACCGUCUGGUUUCUUCAGAAUUUUGAGGUCGAAGGUUGAAACUCUGUUCAUUUACAUGUGGGUGCUAGUGCAGACCUUGUUCCUGAUCGCCGGCCUCACUGUGCUGCAUUUUUCCACCUUCUCCGUCAUGGUGGUUUACCUGGUGAAUGGGGUCAUCAGGGGACGGAGAGAGUUACUUCCCCACAAGCAUGUGCAGAGCAACUGA